CGAAGCUCGGCAUUUUUCCUUCAUAUCAUUUUGUCUCAUGAGUUGAAAACAUCUGAUGAAAGAGACAACGAAGAUUGUAGUUCUCUCUGUAGCUUUCUUUUUAAAGACCUGCAACCUAGGAGAGCAACUCGAUAAUUAACUAUGCAGACUCAAAAUACAGCACAGCAGUCCAAGGACAAGUGACGAGAAUAUUCACAACGAUCACAGAGGAUUGGAUGUGGUAACUAAACAUUUGAAAUUGCUCGUAAGAGCAGCAUCAGACGUAGCGAUUUAUUCCAAAACAAAAAUCAAAGCUAGAGUGCUUCGUCUUGAUUUCCGAGAGGCAUUGCCUGAAGCAGUGCUUUGCUGUAGCUCGCGCGUCAUGCUUCGGGUUGCUGUCGCGUUUUGCGCAUGUUUUAACCGACAGCCAAUGAAAGGGCACGAAUAAAGCCACGUGAUCAUAUGAAGGAUGGCAUCCAGUAAAGGAACUGGACCCCUUGCGACAAUUUCGGUCGAGACCACACUUUAUUUGAUCGACUUAUAUCGCAGUCACGACGCUUUGUGGGAUAUCAGGCAUCCCAAUUACCGGAGUCAUAACUUGAAGAAAGCAUCGUGGACAUCAGUUCGGGUAAACUUUGUGAAAAAAACAGGAAUCGAUUGCACAGAUGAACAUAUACAGAAGAAAGUAGUGGCUUUGAGGAAUACCUUCACCAGAGAGCUGCGCUUGCUAAGAGACAGCAAAAAAAGUGGACUCUGGGCUGCAGUUCGAAAACCAACAUGGCCUUUUUACAGUGCCAUGCAAUUCUUGCGUGGUGUUAUUAACAUUAUAACACCAGCAACUGCAAACAUUUCUGAUUCUAGCCAGGAUUCAGAAACUGAUAUCCUCCAGUUACCUACAGCAUCACCCAGUCAGUGUAUUACAGAUACUGUCCAUCCUGGAACUAGUCAAGACAGUGGUUUGGACACAGAGGAAGGGGAAAGCCAGAAAACUCAGGCAGGUCAGAAGGAAGAGACACCAAGCAGAGAUGUUCGUGAUCGACUGCAUGGACGCAAAAGAAAAAUUCCUCUUUUGCAUCCUCUAGAGGCUACUCUUCAGAAGUUCAUUGAAAUAAAACAGGGAGCUGCUAAGCAACCAGUUGAUGUGUUGCUCCUCUGGAGUAGAAAUCUUGUAGAGACAAUGCGCGGACUUAAGGAAAAAAGGAGAAAACUUUUGCGUAUUCAGAUAGAUGAACUCCUUGCAAAAACUCUUCGAGAAGAUCUAGACUCAGACACCGAGUGAAGCUGUAUACUGUGUGUGUGUGUGCAUGUGACCAUUUUUGUUUUAAUGGUGCAUUAAAUUGGAAAUGGACAGAUUAA